UCCUUUUCUUGUUCUUCAAGUUCUCUCUCAUUCUCUCCACCCCUCUCUCUGAGAUAAUUCGCAGAGCGAAACCAGGAGAAGAUGACGCAGGACGUGGAGAUGAAGGAUCAGCCUGCCCCACCUCUCUCUCAAUCCUCCUCCACUUCUCCCGUUCUUCAGCAUCUGAAAGAGAUCGGGACCUUGAUCGAGACGGGGGCGUACACGAAGGAGGUACGCCGGAUCGUUCGUGCCGUCCGCCACACGAUCGCGCUGCGCCGCAAGCUCACUGCGUCAGUCCUCUCGGCCUUCCUUCAGCACAUCUUAGUGUCUGGGUCGGACGUCUUGGUUCGGUUGUCUUCCUACCUUCCGAAAGAUGAUAUCCAUGAUAUGGAAAUUGACACUGCGUCUUCUGCAGCUCAAGCUCCUAUUAAAUAUUCAUUUCCGGAGCUUGAGAUCUACUCAUAUUUGCUUGUUCUAAUUUUUCUGAUCGAUCAUAAGCAGUAUGAAGAGGCAAAAUCUUGUGCUUCAGCUGCGAUUGUUAGAUUGAAGCAGUUGAACCGCAGGACUGUUGAUGUGCUGGCAGCCAGAUUAUAUUUCUACUAUUCAUACAGCUAUGAAUUAACUGGUAGCCUUUCUGAAAUCAGAGGUAAUCUCCUUGCGCUGCAUCGCAUGGCUACUCUUCGACGGGAUGAGCUUGGGCAGGAGACACUUUUGAAUCUCCUCCUCCGCAACUAUCUUCACUACAAUCUGUAUGACCAGGCUGAGAAACUUCGGUCCAAAACUCCACGUUUCGAGGCUCACUCCAAUCAGCAGUUCUGUAGGUAUUUAUAUUACUUGGGAAGGAUUCGUACCAUCCAGCUGGAGUACACUGAUGCUAAGGAGAGUCUUCUUCAGGCUGCUCGAAAGGCCCCAGUGGGUGCUCGAGGUUUUCGAAUCCAAUGCAGCAAAUGGGCUGUUAUUGUCCGUCUGUUGCUUGGUGAGAUACCUGAGCGUACAGUGUUCAUGCAAAGUGGCAUGAAGAAGGCCUUGAGGCCUUACUUUGAGCUGACCAAUGCGGUCCGCAUUGGAGAUCUUGAACUUUUCAGGAACGUUGCUGAGAAGUAUGUCGAGCAAUUUAGUACUGACAGGACCAACAACUUGAUCGUAAGACUGCGUCACAAUGUGAUCAGGACAGGGCUUAGAAACAUCAGUAUAUCCUAUUCCCGCAUUUCACUUGCUGAUGUUGCUGCUAAACUGAGAUUGGAUUCAGCAACCCCAGUGGCAGAUGCUGAAUGCAUAGUAGCAAAAGCUAUAAGAGAUGGUGCUAUAGACGCCACAAUUGAUCAUGGAAAUGGUUACAUGUUGUCGAAGGAAACAGGGGAUGUUUACUCUACUAAUGAGCCUCAGUUGGCUUUCCACACUAGAAUAGCCUUUUGUCUUAACAUGCAUAAUGAGGCUGUAAGGGCUCUGAGGUUCCCUCCAAAUGCCCACAAGAAGGAGAAGGAGAGCGCAGAGAAGCGAAGAGAGAGACAGCAACAGGAACAGGAGCUUGCAAAGCAUAUCGCAGAGGAGGACGAUGAUGAGUUUUAGAUCUGCCUGACAAUUCCAUGGUUUUCCCACUUUCCUGCUACCACCAGUUUUAUUUGUGCCGCAGCUGAGUUUUUUGUUUCCUACCAUACCUACUGUAUCUUAUGUUAGUUUUGGAGUAGCUUGUUAUAUUCAACCUUUUUUUAUUCUCGAUACUCAAAUGGUUCCCUGGAAAGUGAAGACCAGAUUGAUGAAAAUUAUGAAUGAAAUUGCAGCAACAAAUUGGAUUGCGGAA